CCUCCGGCCUCCAUUUCUGAAAAGUAGCCGCCGCCGAUCUCAUGUCUUCGCUCGUGUUCUUACAUAGUUAGUUCAUUUAACUCGGCUCCCUGCGGGAAUUCCGGCGAUUACCUGGAGGUUGGGGUUCGAAAAACUGUUUAUUUUACGUUUGUACGCUAUUCAAACGGGGGCGGAAUCUUAGGUAGCUUUUUAUUAAUUUUUUAACUUUACUCGGCCGUAUUCCGCCUUUACUCCCCCAACCCCCUCCAUUGACCGCCCCCCCCCCCCUCACCCCCCCACUCGUGCGUGAGUUGGGGCCUGCUACGUUGGUUUGGCCACGAGGCGCAUCGUUACACGGUACAGGGCGAUGGCGGAGUUCGGCAAUGGGCUGGCGGAGGAAUCGCUACUAGAUUCUGACCCUGGACACCCCGAGCUGGAAGACCCGGGGGUAGGCGACGAGGAGCCGGGGUUAGAGGAAGGAGAAGCGGCCAUCGAAGACCCGGAGCUGGAGGCUAUCAAAGCCCGUGUGAGAGAGAUGGAGGAAGAGGCCGAGAAACUGAAGGAGCUGCAGAACGAGGUGGAGAAACAAAUGAAUCUAAGCCCACCGCCAGUCGGCCCAGUCAUCAUGUCAUUUGAGGAAAAAAUGGAAGCAGAUGGCCGAUCGAUAUACGUCGGAAACGUGGACUACGGCGCCACAGCGGAGGAGCUUGAGGCACACUUCCACGGCUGUGGUUCAGUAAAUAGAGUCACCAUCUUGUGUGAUAAAUACACGGGGCAUCCCAAAGGAUUUGCUUACAUCGAGUUUGCCGACAAAGAGUCUGUAAGGACGGCGAUGGCUCUGGAUGAAUCUCUGUUUAGAGGAAGACAGAUAAAGGUGGGCGCAAAGAGAACAAACAGACCCGGCAUCAGCACCACAGAUCGCGGUUUUUCCCGGGCUCGGUUCCGAUCAAGGGGAGGAAACUUCUCGUCGCGCGCUCGCUACUACAGCGGCUACACACCCCCCAGAGGCAGAGGGCGGGCCUUCAGGUUUCAGGACCAGUGGAGGCUGACGACCCCUCCCCAGGUGGCGCCGCCGCCCCCCACUGUCUCCGCAGCGUCUCUCUCUCUCUCUGCUCCCGCUAUGCACACUCACCCCAUUCUGUCCGUGUGGGGGGGAGGGGGGCAGGGCGACCACAGGCCGGCCACAGGGGGCAUUUACUACAACAGCAAACGCUGAUGAUCCUUUUUAGUUUUUUUUUUUUCUUUUUUACACCUCGACAUGUAUACACACACAUGCGCCCACGUUUAAUUCGCAUGACAGCACACUGCAGUACAGACGCCACUUAACAAGUCGCCGGCCGAAUGUGAUUUUUUUAUACAUCACCAACACAGAUAAAAAGGCAGGCAGUUUAUUUCCAGGAGUAAGGAGUAUCAGGAAAGAUGUUUGUGUGUGUUUGUAUGUAUGUGUGUGUGCAUGGGGGGGGGGGGGGUAUGGCAGUUUCAGUUAGGCCCCAUCACAUUCUGACACUGCGCAGUGCAGUCACGGCUUGUCAGCGGCUGACCAUCCUGUGGCAUUGACUAAGUUAAAUGGAGUAGGCUGUUAUUUUGAGGCAAGUCAAGUUGUGGGAUGUGUGUUGUUUCUUGAGCAGGAAAAAAUAAGGCGAGUGGGGGGAUUCAACAACAACAAAAAAAUGUUUCUUGAUUUUUUUUUUUAAACUUUUUUUUAAUUAAUGGUUCUGUAAUUACAAACAAAAAUAAAGGUGUAAAAGUUA